AUUGGAUAUUCACUAUUUGAAAAAUGUGAUUUCUUUGUGCAUUCAUAAUACAAAAUACAUCAUUAGAGACAGAACAGAAAGUGAUUUUUUACUAUCAAAUGGACUCCUUGCCUGUAAAGUGACUACAAUUGAUAAGAUAUGAAUUCUUCAAAGAACAGAUGGUUUACUGUUGUAGCCUGUUUUUUAUCAGUGACACAAAGUUCGCAUGUCCUUGGCCUCUCUCCAGUGCUGGUUUUACUUUCACCCUUUGCACCUUGAAAAGUUUCCUGUUUUCUCAGACCUCAGCAGUCACAGACAUGCUUUCUCUGUCUUUACGGCAAACCUUCCGGCCCCUUUUACUCAGGGCUUCAGGAUGUUUGGGCCGAGAGUGGCAGGUCACAUCGGAGUCAUGCAGGCGGGGCCUCAGCAGUGCCAGCGGGUGGACGGGACAGGAAAACCUGGCCCAGGAUGACCCAGAGAUGUGGAACCUCCUGCAGCAGGAGAAGGACAGGCAGUGUCGGGGACUGGAGCUUAUUGCAUCAGAGAACUUCUGCAGCCGUGCAGCACUUGAGGCCCUGGGCUCCUGUCUGAACAACAAAUACUCUGAAGGAUACCCAGGACAGAGGUAUUAUGGAGGUGCAGAGAUCGUAGACCAGAUUGAGCUGUUGUGUCAGAAGCGAGCACUCACCGCCUUUAGCUUGGACCCAAAUCAGUGGGGCAUCAACGUCCAGCCAUACUCCGGAUCCCCCGCUAACUUUGCAGCCUACACAUCUGUACUGCAACCUCAUGACCGUAUCAUGGGCCUGGAUCUGCCUGACGGAGGACACCUCACCCAUGGCUACAUGACAGACGCCAAGAGAAUCUCAGCCACCUCCAUCUACUUUGAAUCAAUGCCUUACAAGCUGGAUCCAAAAACAGGUACGAUAGAUUAUGACCAGCUGGAGAAGACAGCCCGACUCUUCAGACCCAGACUCAUCAUAGCAGGAACCAGCGCCUAUGCUCGCCUCAUCGACUACGCUCGCAUAAAGAAGCUGUGUAUGGAGCUUAAUGCCUACCUGCUGGCAGACAUGGCUCAUAUCAGUGGCCUGGUGGCAGCAGGAGCUGUUCCCUCUCCUUUCCAGCACGCUGACCUAGUCACCUCCACUACCCAUAAGUCCUUGCGUGGAGCCAGGGCCGGUCUGAUCUUCUACCGGAAAGGUGUGCGGUCUGUAGAUAAGAAAGGUCGGGAGGUGACCUAUGAUCUCCAGGACAGGGUGAACUUUGCUGUGUUCCCAUCACUUCAGGGAGGACCUCACAACCACGCCAUUGCUGCGGUGGCCAUUGCUCUCAAACAGGCUUCCACUCCCAUGUUCAAACAGUACAUCGCUCAAGUACUGCUGAAUGCCAAGUCCAUGGCUAACGCUCUGCUGAAGAAAGGCUUCACCUUGGUGUCAGGUGGAACAGACAACCACCUGGUCUUGGUUGACCUUCGACCUCGUGGGAUGGAUGGGGCUCGAGCUGAGAGAGUUCUGGAGCUGGUGUCCAUCACCGCCAACAAGAACACCUGCCCCGGAGAUAAGAGCGCUCUGACUCCAGGAGGACUCAGACUCGGAACUCCGGCUCUGACAUCCCGACAGUUCAAGGAGGCAGACUUUGAAAAGGUUGUGGAGUUUAUUGAUGAAGGGAUUCAGAUCGCACUGGAUGUGAAGAAGAAGACUGGAAACCUGGCGAGUUUCAAGUCCUUCCUGCUGCAAGACCCAGAGACAGUGUCACGCAUCGCAGAGCUCCGCCAUCGGGUGGAGCUAUUUGCCAGGCCCUUCCCCAUGCCCGGAUUCACUGACCACUAAUAACACCACACAGAGAAAGGCAGUUUCCCCACCACAUCAUGGACAUAUCCUGUAUCCUUUACAGUACAACUCCUCUAAUGUAACAGUCGCCAUGGAAACAAGCAUUGUGUCAGUGUCAGUUGAAUCUUCAGGUCAGUGUGCAGCUGGUCAUUUCUACACAGUUACAUUUCCAAACUAAUGUCAAUGUAUCAGCCAGACAAUGUGAAAAAUGUGAUAUGAUGUAUCAAUGUAUCAAAGUCUGAUGAAUAAAAAGUCAUAUUAUCA